CUUUGCCUGGAUCCGUGGAUCUAUUCUCGGCCGCCCGCCCUCAUGCCCCCUCAUGCAUGUGCCGCCAUUCGACGAGUUGCAGGCCUGGCGUAGAACCGGCCCCCCGAUGGCCCAGCAAGUCAGAGCCCGGCCCUCGAGGCCAGCGGCUAACUCUCCAAGCAUCACCAGCCGCUAUAUACCUUACUCGGCUGCCGCAAGUUCCGUCUGGUGCAUGUAAAUCUUCCCCUAGAUAUGUUUCGUCUCGUCACUCAGGAGGUCUCGUCCCCACGGCUAGAUUCUUCAUAAGACAGGUUGCUCGCCUUCGCCCGAAACUCUUUCCAUCAUGCCGCCUGAGGCUACCCGACUCUCACCAUUGCUCUCUCUGCUUCUGUCCUUGCCAUUCCUUUCACCUUGUGUGCUCGCCCAACUUGACCCCUCCUCGGUGCUCGACGCCCGAGCUGACGAUACCCUCACCUCUGCUGAUCCUCUGGGAGACAAGAAAUACCUGCCCGCCCAGAUCGGUGCUAUUAUUGGAGCUUACGCUGUUUCACUGGUGCUGGUCGCCAUCGGCUUGCUUGUCCUCUCCAAGAAGCGCCGCGCUCACUUAACAGCCGGCAACGACGAAAUCGACUUUAUCGUACGCAAGGAUAUCGCUGUACCAAACUUCCAGACUGGACCCUUAAACAUCAACACCAAGGUCCCAACCGUUCAGAACUUCUCACUACCUUCCCCGACCAAGGACGACUUCGGCGCUCCCAACCCUUACGUCCACCCCUCACCAACUUCCACCGUUGGUGCCCCAGGAGUCAACCAAUUUGUUGAUCAGCGAAUUGUGGCCGCUGAUAGAGUCAUGGCCCAGUCACAGCUCGAGGAAAUGUACAAGCACGUGCUGGAGCACGAAGACGCCAAGAAGCGAGGAGAGUUGUAUGAGGCUCCUCUGCCGCUUGGCUCUCACCAGCCGCGCAGCUCGACCUCGGUCGGAUCCAUGAAGUCGAACGGAACGACCUUGUCCAAGAAGGAACGAUCUAAGCCGGCCGGCCUGAACCUCUCCCGGGAUGACAAGUCCCAGUCGAGGACUUCCUCGCUCCUAUCGGCUCUUCGAUCGCCCAAGAAGAAGGCCAUGAGGGGCGUUAGCAUCUCGUCUCCCAUCAUGACUCCCCAGUCCGCCACCUUUCCGCGGCAAGAGUCGCAGGAGCUGAGCUCCAUCCCGCCCCGACACUAUGCGCCGGCAGCUCCGCCCCCGGUCCCCACCGACCAGGUCCCGUUCGGAGCCGUUUAUUCCAGGCCCGCAGUGCCUUCCACGCCGGAUAUCUCGCCCCAGAGUGUCCAGAGCAUCGAUGAGCGUAUCGGUUCUCAGCUCCCUUCCGUCUCUCAAACCCACACCCGAAACAACUCCCAGGCGCCCACUGAGGUUGAUCCUGAGUCGGCCACUUCGGAGCACUCCCAGGCGCAUCUGGUCGGCCUUCCGCAAUCCCCGAAGCCUGGUGCUCGGUUCCCAACCCUCCCGGCAUCGCCCAAGCCAGGACAGACGUUCCAGCGCUCCAAUAACCCGUCGGCAGUGCGAACCGGUGGCUCGCUGCCCUUGCGUGCUUACGAGCCGUCGAUGAACUCUACUACCAUCGUUGGUCAGACUACUAAGCAGACCGUGUUUGAGAGAAAGGCACCGAUGUCACCUAGCGGCGCCAUGACCCCGUACACUGCAGGUGCGGUGCCGUACUCGCCCUACCAGCCGUUCACACCCUGCAUGCCCAUGACACCGUCAUUGGUGACCAAAGAGGACCGGAAGCGAAUGAAGAGAAUGGUGCCAAAGACUCCGACUCUGAACAUGGUCCAGAGUUCCGAGGAUGUUUGGUAAGCCACCUACGGCUGGGAGUUGGGAAAGAUUCCGUUCAUUUCUUUCUUUUUCUUGUUCCCCGGUUUUCUUAGAUAUUAAACGACCGCCCGUUUCCUUAGACGGCAAUCAUCAUGUCGCUAUGACGCGGGAUCUACUUAUUUCCUUUUUUUUAGUAGGCAAUGUUGCGCACGAAGUAUACCAAUGGCCUUCAUCCAGACAGCAGGGGAAGAUGGAGAAGGAAUAUGCAAGGGGGUCAGAGCGUUUAUCAAUGUAUACCAAGUCUUAGCUCACCUACCACCAUCAUCCCACCGUUGAUACGGAUUGGAGUGGUGGGAAUACACUUUCUAAUCUGUCACUAAA